AAUAAAACUGCAAAUCCUUCUUACCCACAACAAUGAUGUCAGUUCACCUUCAUGUAAAUAGUACCUGAAAUCCUAAAUAGGUCGGAUAAUCAUAACCCCAUACAUCAGAAGCUCCAGUUUUACAAUUCUUGGGUAAAUCAAAGAAGCGUAAACGUCGUUCACUUGAGACCAAUGAUUGGAUUUCUCUUCAUGACCACAAAAUUAAAGGCAAUUCCCAUACCUAAUACCUCAUUAGAAUUAAAGUUGACAAUGUUGUAUGGUCUUUCUGGACUAGAUAUAGCAUGUUAUCUGAGCUCCAUUCAACCCUUGAUGAAGUGAUCAAGUCCCAAUUACCAGCAUUCCCUGAAAAACGACUCUUUGGUAAUCUUAAUCCCAAUUUCAUUUAAACUAGAAAAUAAUCAUUGGAUAUCUAUCUUUAGGUUUUAAAAUGAUCUCUAUAAUAUAUAGGCCAUCUUUAAUGAUUCUUAAGUUCGUGAUUCCAAAGUAUUCUAAGACUUUAUCAAUAAUUCAAAAUCAAAAGCCUUCAAAAAAGCUGACCUUGAUUCCUUUCAUCGAUUUAAAUUAGAUGUUUGAAAUAUAUAUAUUAUUUG